AAAAAAGGAAAAAGACACGUAAAAAAGGAAGAAACAGAUACAGAGAGACGGAUCGUCGCCUUUAAAGAUAAGGACAGAACUGUAGAGAUUGGAACCGUAUCAGCACAAGAGCAGCAUCAGCCCUUUUGUCCGGUUGGGGCCACGUCACCUCUUUUGCAAUUAUAGAAAGGCUCUAUUCCCACUUCCUCCGGUUCUUACAUAUUCUCCGCAUCAUCCGCUUGGGAAUUUAUUCUCGAAUCUGUAGCUGAAGCUCGGAGUAUUCAAGAAGAAGGUAGAUUGGAGAAAGGUGGCAGAGGUGGUAGUAGGUGGCGGAGUAGCGUGUGCUUUUGGAGUUGAAUGGCGGUGGAGUACAGCUGUUGUGAGGCGGAAUUCUUCAUUCACAUUGCGGUGAUAGUGUUCCUGGUGACGUUUGCGGGACUCAUGUCUGGGCUCACUUUGGGCCUCAUGUCUCUCAGCCUCGUCGAUCUUGAAGUGCUUGCCAAGUCCGGAACUCCCAAGGACAAACAGCAUGCUGCAAAGAUAUUGCCAGUUGUUAGGAAUCAGCAUUUACUGCUUUGCACGCUGCUUAUCUGCAAUGCUGCUGCUAUGGAGGCACUUCCUAUUUUCCUUGAUGCUCUAGUUACUGCUUGGGGCGCAAUCCUGAUAUCAGUGACAUUGAUUCUUCUGUUUGGUGAGAUCAUUCCACAAUCUGUUUGCUCUAGAUAUGGACUUGCUAUCGGUGCAACUGUAGCUCCAGUCGUUCGUAUCCUUGUUUGGAUCUGUUUUCCAGUUGCGUAUCCAAUAAGCAAGUUGUUGGAUUAUCUGCUUGGCCAUGGGCAUAGAGCUCUCUUUCGACGUGCUGAGUUGAAAACCCUUGUUGAUUUACAUGGCAAUGAGGCUGGUAAAGGCGGAGAACUCACACAUGAUGAGACAACUAUUAUUGCUGGGGCGCUAGAACUCAGUGAGAAAACCGCUAGUGAUGCCAUGACUCCGAUAUCUGAAACUUUUGCUAUUGAUAUAAAUGCGAAGCUUGAUAGGUCCUUGAUGAAUCUGAUUUUGGAGAAAGGACAUAGCAGAGUGCCGGUCUACUAUGAGCAACCUACAAACAUCAUUGGGCUUGUUCUGGUACUUAACUGUAAUACUUGAUGACCUGAUCUUUUUAUCUUAUGCUCUUUCACUAUUCGCAGAAUUCCAAGGGUUCCAGAAACUAUGCCAUUAUACGAUAUCUUGAAUGAAUUCCAGAAGGGUCACAGUCACAUGGCUGUUGUUGUGAGACAGUGUACCAAAGGCCCCGUCCAGCCUGCUGGAACAGGAGAUGCAGAAAGUGUGUCUGUUGAUGUAGGUUCUGUCAAAGAUGUGAGAGUAGACAUUGAUGGUGAAAAGAUGUCAUUGGAUAAAAGUGUGAAGAGUAAAAGACCUCUGCAAAAAUGGAAGAGUUUUCCCAACACAGGAAGCAAUUCUUUCAAGGGUACACCUAGAAGCAAGAAGUGGACGAAAAACAUGUACUCCGACAUUCUAAAAAUAGAUGAAACUCCACUGCCCAAGCUGCCCGAAGAAGAAGAGGCGGUAGGAAUAAUAACCAUGGAAGACGUCAUUGAAGAGCUUUUGCAGGAAGAGAUAUUCGAUGAAACAGAUCACCAUGUUGAAGAUUCAUGACGGAUGGUAAGUGGGUAUUGAAUAUACAAUUCAGACUGUUAAAAAUGUUGUAGCAUUGGUGAAUGUACAAUUCAGACUGUUAAAAAUGUUGUAGCUUGCGUAUACUAAUACUAUGUGGGGAGUAAUUUUUGGUUCGACGUAUGUAAAACAUUUGUGGCGAGGCACUUGAUCGUUCUCCACCAAAGGUUUUAGUCAUUGGAAGUGUAGAGUGAAUUCAUGGUUCUUGUUGUUCACUAGAGAGAGUCAUCAUAUGUACAGUGAGGGUUAGACAUGUUUUCUCCUCUGGAGCUAAGGCAUUGAGGUGUGAGUCUUAAUGCUAUUGUAUCUCCAGCUUCCAAGACACUUUACCGUUUCCAAAUUAUAGCCAAGUUCAAUUCGAAUUGCACUCUUUCUAAUA